AUGGAAAAGUACGAUGCAGAAGUGAGGCAUCCGGCAAGUCCCAGAAAAUGUGUUCCUCCAUAUUUGAACUCAUACUCCAAACCGAAACCUAUGUUGCCUUUGCACAAACGAAUUGAAAAAACUUCAGCAAAAAAUGUUUCAGAUUUUCCUAGCAAGUUAUUCCGCUCGAAUGCAAUUGUUGGCAGUUUUGAUACACUCACACCGUUCAACAGAAAUAUUCCAAAUCAGUUAAAUUUCAGUCCUAACAACGCAGGUUACGCAAACUUGUACAAUCUCUACAAGCGUCAGCUGAUGUGUGACAUCGUCGUUAUAGCUGCCGAUGGACACGUGCAAGCUCACAAACUUGCACUGUGUUUGUGCUGUCUCGAAAUGGUUGAGGUCUUCUCAAGGUACGAAGGUAACGAAAUGUUUAACAUCGAUCUCAGUGACUUCUCUUUGGAAAUCGUUAAAUCAGUUCUAGAGUAUGUGUACACGUCAGUGUUGAACUUGUCGUCCGAAAAUGUUGGCCAGAUAAUGUUGUGUGCCCAGCAACUGAACAUGACUUCUGCCAUCCAGCUCUGCACUGACUACAUGAUAGAAAACGUCAAUCCGUCAAACGCUGUCCUCUUCUACUCCAUCGCUCUCAACAACGACUGCAGCUCUCUCAGAGAGGCUUCCUUCACUGUCAUCACUCACCACUUCAUCAACAUCUCACAAACAACACACUUCCUCCUUCUCCCUUUAAAAAGUCUGAAUAGCAACGACAACAUUUUUAGAUUGCUUCCCAUUCUUCAAAGUGGCGAACUGAGAGUGAGGAGUGAGAAGGACAUCUUGGAUGCGGUCAUCAACUGGGUCAACUAUGAUCAACAAACAAGAGUGCCUCUGGCCAAUGAACUUUUGUCCUGCGUGUACCUCGGCAACAUUGAACCCAUCCUGGUCUUAACAGAACUACGUCAGAAUGAAUGGAUGUUGUCCGACCUCAAUUGUCUCAGGGUCUGCCUACUUGGCCUGAUGCAAAGCAAGCCACAAAAUUUUAAAGAAGUCAUCCAGGACAAUACAAUUAUCGACGAGUUCUAUCCACCCAACUGCCUCAACGUUACUGCUAAGCCUGCUCAAUAUAAUUACCAAUGGCAGCCUCAACAGGUUUAUGAUUUUUUUCGGCUCCCCAGUCAUCCGCGUGAAUUUUCUCCGCACCAUUUUUCGUAUAACAAGGUAACAGAUGAAAAAUGUGUACAGACAUGUGAGAAAGUUGAGCAAGUUUCACAGCAUGGUUUUCUGCGCGGAGAAUCUUCUUACUGCAACAAAUCUGAAUUUAAGCGCUCUUCCCACUUGCCAAGUAGCAAUGACGCACUAAGCAUACAACCGAACGUACAACGCAACACUGCAACUUAUAAAUAUUUUCCUCAUAAAGAAAGUACAAACCACAACAAUUUCAAAGAAACAGAAUUAAAUGUUAACAAGUCUUCAUUGAACGAUCAGCAGAGUAAAAUUUGUUUAACUUUAGAUAAGAAAGAAAUCUUUCACAGGGAACAAUUGUUGAAAACUUUUCCAAGCAACAAAGUAAAAAACAACAUGGGACAUAGCCUGACUCAAAUAGUUUCAACUGAAUCAAUCAGCUCAGAAACAGAUGUUGGUGAGAAAAGAAUUUGCAAGAAAGUGGAUUCCUCUUAUUAUCGCAAGAUUUUGGGCUCUAAAGAGAUUGGACCGUCGACCGAUCUGGAAAGUCGUUUGAUAGGUGGAGAUGAAUUUCUAAUUGACCCGAACGACGAGGACUCGAUAAAAUCUGCUAUUGAAAGACCAAGCAGACAAGCAAGGCAGAGAAGAAAUCAGACACACAAAACUCUGUCGCUACCGAAGUCGCUGUCGUCGAAGGCACGUGGACGUCUGUCAGUUUCGUCGUCUGUUUCCUCGUCAUCAUGCACCACAACGUCGAAAACAACAUCAUUCACCACGACGACUGACAAUUCAACAACACAACCAUCAAUAUCAACUACGAAAUUUAAUGAAAAAAAUCAUCAUGCAAAAUUGCAGCCGAAAAAACCUCUGUUACAGUUAGAAAAAAUGCAUUUAAAGCAAAAAUUUAGAGAUAAAGAAGAACAGCAGAUGCAAAACCAUCAGCAGCAACAACAACAAUCCAGCACUAAGUCACAACAUUGCAAAAAAGUUAAUUCGCGUCAUUUGGCUGAACAAAAAAAUUCAAAGCAAAAUGAAACUGCACAGCAACUAAACAAGCAGAUAUAUGAGCUUGAUCAUCAAAAAGAAGAACAGCAUCAACCGCAGCAGCAGCAGCAGCCACAACAACAACAACAUGUUUCGUUGCAACCACCUGACAUGCAGCAGCAUACAAGUGUGCAAAAGUUGAAGGAUGGAGAACAAGGUGCUCAACAACCUCGCAACCUUCAAACAGAACCUGAAAUGAAAAAAUCACUUCAAGAUGAUAUGAAAACAGAGUUGACCGAAACACUGAGGAAGCAACUUUUGGAACUAGCUCAACAUCAACAACACCAACAAAAUCAACAACAGCAACAACACAAAGAAGGAAUAUUUGAUCAAUUUCAACUGCACCAGCAACUACUACACCAACAGCAACAAAUACAGCAACCACAGCAACAACAUUUCCAACAAUAUUUUCAACAAGUGCAUGAACAACAUAUUAAAGGUCCAAACCAACAAUCCAUAGCAACACCGGAACAAAAUUAUUUGAAUCAACAACAUCUAAUUGACAAUCAACGGUUAUUUUUAAAUGCACGACAACGAGAAAUUUUGGCAACAAGCCCAUACACAGCCCAUGUUUAUUCAAUAGACCAACUUCAAUAUCCCACAGCAGCGAGCUUUUCACCACCACCACUACAAAAACUACCACAAAUACAACAACCGCAAUUUAUAAUCGGACAAUAUACUUCACCACAGCAACCACACAAACUACAACAACCAUAUCAACAGCCACAAAGUACCCAAUACCCGUCUCAGCAUUUACAACACUCAACAGUUAAACUGUAUUCAUCAUCACCGCAACACGGACAAGCUCAAGAUUCAGCACACCAGUAUCCAGCUUCAACUCAACAUCACUAUUCACCAAUUCAACAUCUUCCAUCACCAUUGCCACAACCAGUGCACUACUUGAAGCAACAGCAGCCACACUUGACAGCAGAUCUCCAUUCGCCAACCCAACAACCAACUCAACAUGGCACACAAUAUUCUUCAACACAUCAACAACCCAAAACACUCGCACUUCAUUCACAGCAACGUACACAGCGUAUGAAGUUGAAGAAGCGAAAUGCGCAUUCGACAAACGACCAACACUAUUUUAGUUCUGAGCAGACAUCUGAUGACGUGUGUAGCUUACCUAACCACUGCUUCGGAUACUGCAGCGACAACAGUGCCGAUUGCUGCCCUUCAACAUUGUUAGAUAUAAAUUCUAUUGUCACUCAGUCAUCAGUUGAGUCUCCGAAACUUUGUCAGAUGCAACAAAAACAUCCAUCCCGUCAGUCACGUCAGUCACAACAAAAAAGUGUUUUGCGAGAGUUACUUCGAAAAGGUCUUACGAAUGAGGACAUCUCAUUGUUCAUUAAUCACCCACUCGUCAAGUCAAAGUUACAACAGUUUCAACAACGUCAAAAAAAUCAACAACCACAACAAAAACAACAACAACACAGUCAACAGCAAAGCCAACAACAACUGAAUCAACAACAAAGGCAACCGCAAAAUUCAAAGCAACCUCAACAACAGCACAAAGAACAACAAACAAAACAUCAUCAACAACAACAACAGCUACGAAAUCAAAAGCAGCACAACGAACAACACCAACUGCGAUACAGAGAGCAAAUGCGCAAGCAGCUCCAGCAGCAGCAACUUUAUGGCUCAGGCACUUCUUUAUUACUGGAACAGAAAAAGCAACAACAACAGCAUUCACAACACCAGCAACCUCAACAACAAUCGCAACAUUCACAACAACAAAAAAAACAACAGCCUAAUCAGCAACCACAACAUCAACAACCUCAACGACAACAACCACAACAUCAGCAACCACAACAUCAGCAACGACAAUCGCAACGUCAACAAAUGGAGCCAUUUCUUAAUCUUAUAAAAAUUUCCCAGCAUCCUAAACCAGAAAACGAUCAUCAGCAGCAUGAACAGUCACAACUUCGCAAACAGCAACCACUCAUUCAUCAAAAACAACAACUUGAUUCACACUGCAAGAAUCAACAAGCAGCUAAUCUAGUGCAUCAGCCACUGAAACGACAUCUUGUUACAGCACGUUCAAAACAAUCCAUUCCAGAGAAGCGAAAGUUCUCGACAUUGCAGAAAAAAAAUUAUUUUCAAACGCAGCGUCAAAAAUUUUUAAACUUGAAGCGGCUGGCAGACAGCUUGGCACCUCCCCCACCCCCCACACCACUCACACCACGCAACCAAAAAGUUACGAAGACGUUGCAUGAAACUGUUGAAACGACGAGUGAAAAAUUAGCAACAGAUCUCUCCUCAAAGCAGCAUCAACAACAACAACAACAUCAGCAGCAGCAGCAGCAACACACAUUAUCGCAACGAACGCUUAACAAUCCGCGAAUUGAAGAGCGAGAUGAAACGUCGACAAUGAACAGCACAACUGCCGACAACCAAUCUCCUCAUCAAGGCUGUGUUCAAAAAAAUUUCAUUAACCAAAGUUUUGCUGAGCAACUUCUUUCAUUGAAGUUAAAUUCCGAACAAACAACAUCAGCAAAUAAAAAAAUUGCUCUUUUUCCAAAUUACCGUCAACGACAACAACAACGAAAUCAGCAGCGUCAAAAGCUUGAGCAAACGAAUCAAUCUCUCAAGCAGCACCUUCAAAAUCUUAAAACAUCUCAGAAGCGUCAACAGCAACCACAACAAAGAAGCCUCAAUCACUCGAAGUUUUUACCACACCAAUUUGAAACGGAUACUGCAAGUUUGUUUCAGAGUAACACACCGACAGACAGCAAGAUUUCAAAAACUGCAAAGGGUCAGCCCAGCAAGGAUAUUGAUUACGCCCUUAUUAGCAUUCAGGAACUUGAGAAGUUAAAUGAAUCAAGUGAGAGCCCUCGGCACAUAUUGAAAACAUUGUUCCAUCCUCUCCAACAAAAUGAAAACAUUACAAAUAACGCGCGAAAAAAUUUAAAACAAAGUAGUAAGUUGAACUAUAAAACUAGCAGUAGAGCGAAAACUAUAAACAAAAGAACCAUGAGAAAAGAGAGAGCUUAUUACAAACUUCUAUCACAAGGUCUCGCUCCUGAUCGCAUAGACCAACUACUCUUUCCAUGUGAGUCAGCUGAACAUUCAGCCGUGCGGCAAAGACCGCAACGUCAUCAGCAACAUCAUCUGCAGCAGCAGCAGCAACUACAGCGGCCACAUCAUCAACAACAACAACGACCGCUACUUCAACAGCAUCAACAAUAUCAGCAAUGUCAACAAAGAAUGUUGCAACAGCUUUAUACUCCAAGACCAAAAGAGAAACAUGAACUGCAAGGCAACGAUAACGUAUUGAACAACAAUAAUGUGAAUUUUCACGAGUGUUCACAAAACCCACACAACUAUAACCCACUACGACGAGACCAGCAACAUCAAAUUCAGAAAGUGUACGAACAACAUUUGUACGAAAAGCAACAGCAGCAGCAGCAACAACAACAACAACGUCAUGACCAGCAACAACAAAUAAAGCAACAAACCACCACUCAAAACGGACAGCAGCAACCAGAUGAUCGCCACAAGUCAAACCAUCAAAAAUCGUUACUCUGCGAUAUGCAACGGUUUAAGAAACAGCGGUUUCAAUCUCACGGUGAAGAAGCUGUAUCUAGAUCAACAUCCUCAUCGUCUUCGUCAUCUUCACCACCAUCUCCCUCCAAAAUAUCGCCAACACCAUCAAAACUUGCGCCUGAAAAAGAAACAGAAGAUAAUGAAAAGAUACUUGAUGACAAGAUUUCGGAAGAAAAAGCUUCAUCAUCCCCGGCUUGCUUGAAGGUUUGCAAACGUUGCAGUAAAAGUUACAAAAACAACAACCCAAACAGCAACUACACCUACCACAACAACAACUACCACAACAACAACAACAACUAA